UGACUCGUCUAAAAAAAGUUCACCACUGAUCAAUUGGAUUGAUGUCAACAUAGAUGACAUAACGUAUCCAUUAAUUACCCUUUUCUUGCUUUCAUUAGAUCAUAUAGACUCAUGUCCAUCAGUUCGAAAAUGAGCGUAACUUUUCCAGGGAGUGGGUCACUGUUUGGCAAAAAUCAACGAGUACUGUGUCAUUGAAUAUCAGGUAAACAUGGCAAUUUACUUACUAGUGCGAUUCAACCAUGUAAAGGAUAUUUGGAUGGCGGCUGAUUUUCCUCAUUGCUAUAACUUCCGGGCUUUCCAAGAUUUCGCUCAUGCUAAUUAUGGUGAGCAUUCAAAUAAUCAUUCGGUUAGAAUUUCAAAUUAAAAAAUUCUUCAGGCAUCUUUAACAACUUAAUAAUACACCCAUGGUACUUUUGAUAUAUUUUUCUUAGCCUCUUUGCAGCAAAGAGCAUCCCUGACUGUCGAUCCUGGCAUUUUAAAACUUCGGAAAAAGAUCCCUCGCCAAUUUUCUGCAGCACUUUAUAUUCUGUAAAUAGGGAGAAAAAAAACUUGGGAACCAUUGCAAAGAUUACACAGCGUUAACGUAUGAACAAAGCCAUUUAGAGUAGUUUACUUUUCAAGAAGCUAGUAGACAUUUCGAAGAUCUAUAUAAAUAUCUUUAUGAUUACAUGAGUCACACCAGUUACUUCUCUUAACUGAGAAUCAAUCCGUUACUGAUAUAGUGGCAAAGGGCAUAUUCCUUCUGAAGAAUAAUCAUUUUUGGAAAUAAAUGUAGUUUUCAUAAAAGGAAAAUAAAUCCAGAGACGCGAACAUAGCGUCUGCUAUUUCCAUGGUUACAAAAACGGGAAAAUUCGUAUUUUUAAAUUAAAAAUCCCGCGCGCCACUCAUGAAAAUCGACAGCCGCGUAAAGUCGAUUAGUCGAAAAUGAUAUGGUGGAAAUGUCUCCGAUCCUCUAUUGUUUAUAUUGUGAUGACGGUUGACAGUAUAGUGAUGGCCACCAAGACGCGGAUUUCCAACCAAGAGAGAUAUUUUUUUCACAACAAUUUGGCCAUUUUGUUGAAGGCAGUAGAAGGCCGACGAACUACUGUUGAUUUACGUAAUGAAGCCAGCAUUACUGGAGUGGUCGAACAGGUGGACGGAUACAUGAACAUUGUUAUGAGAGAUGCUGUGUUCGUUGACCCCAGAGGAGAUUCCUUCAAUUUCCAAAUGUUCUUCGUUCAUUCCCGAAACAUACGCUACGUCCAUAUACCGGCGCAGAUUCGAAUUAUCCCUGCGAUAAAAGAGCAACUACAAAUUUUACGAGAACGUCCAACGCUCCUGAAAAACACCAAGCGAACAUGGAAGAUCAAAAGAGCGCAGAAAAAACAGAUAGAGGAUAUGUCUGCUGUACACGAAUUACUGCAAGAUGAUAAGCUGGCAUCGGCUACCUGAUUUCUCAAGGUUUGAUGGCUACAGGAGAGGGGAAUUAAAAAGGUGGGUUCAAACAUCAUGUUAUGAGGGAAUAAAGAGAUCGUGUUGCUUAA